AUGUCCUCUAACGUCGGUCUAUCCACACCCCGCGGAAGCGGUACAUCAGGCUACGUUCAACGCAACAACGCCUUCAUCAAGCCCCGCAGCACAGGCUCCGGCGCCCCCUACCCACCCCUCUCCGGCGCAAAUGGCAGCGGCCCAGACCACGGCUUUAAGCAACGCCUACCAGACAAGCAGAUUCUCGAACAUGACCGACGCCGCGCAAUUGAGGUAAAGGUGAUGGAAGAGCGCGAGCGACUCGAAGAAGAGAAUGAACGUAUCGAGGAGGAAGAGGCUAGCGCUAAAAAGAAGGGAGCCAAUAAGAAGACCGUGGAUGAGGAUAAAGAAGAGGGCGAGGAAGAUGCAGAGAAUGAUGAUGCUCCGCGCGUGCUUUCCGAGGAGGAGAUUGAUGAGCGGUGUGAGGUUUUGCGCCAGAAGCUUCUUAAGGAGAUGGAAGAGGAUGUUACUGGGAGGGAUCGGCCGGGUCCGAUCCGGGGUGGGAGGAAAUGGGAUGGUGGCUCGGGAUCUGGCUCAAAGGAUCGGAGGAUUAAGUCUUAUCAGGUUCAUGAGCUUGCCGAGGCUAAGAUCGAGGAGAGUGAGAGGUUGCGGAGGGCGUUGGGGAUUCGGGAGGAUAGGGAGACGGGGGCUAUUAGUAGUACCAGGGAGAGGCGGCCGAGGGAUUCGCGGGAUUGA